GUCCCCUGCUGUUUGGGUGGGUGCCGAGAGUUGUCAGUUGUAUACAGGGCCAGUAGUAGGUAGAUAUGUAUCGGGGUCGAGAUGUCAUCAGAUAGCACCAAUAUUUGUUUUUAGGAAUUCUAUAUUUCUCGCCUAAGUGACAUCUGCAUUCAAUAUGAACGUUGCGGUUCUCUUGCUGGCUUUCAGGGCGCCCACCAUUCUUACAGCCGAGUAGCCAUAGUUUCAAUUAAUUUAUACAAUUUUAACGAUAUGGUCGGCCAUAUCUAAAACCAUUGGAAGAUUGUACGAUGCGUAAUAAGGAUAAGGAGGUAUUUUCAAUUUGGUGAAUUAGAGGCAGUGAUGGCGGCAGUGGAUGGUGAUUCAAAAUCGAUCCCAGGCAUCGGAACUGGCAAUGAUAGUCACACCAGAUCUGGAACUCCAGGUGAUAAAGCUGGGCGUAGUAAUGAUGGUCCGAUCAGGCAAGCCACACCGCCUAGCAGGAACGCGUCCCGUAGUGGAAGUGCUCGUCAAAAUAAAUCGGUAACUUCGCCAAUCACAAAUGGGAACGGUGGAAAUGGCAGUCCAAAUUCACCUGCCGUCCAAAUUCAGAACCAAGAGGACAAAGGUCAACCAUAUUCUCAACGGAUGAGUGAUGUAACAGCGGAUUCCUCGAAAUCGCCAAACAGUUCUACUGUGGUGCCUCCUAAAAUGGAGGCUACAGAAAACACCAAGAGCACUCGCCUAACAACGGACGACACGAAUACUGUACAGAAAGACAAACCUAGUAACGAAGCACCAAAGAAGGAACAAGAGACUGUAGAGAAACAUCAAAAUGGACCUAAAGUUCCGGAAAAGAAAUCCGAUCCAACGCCAAGUUCCAUCGUUUCUGACAACAAGAGUCAGCAGUCAAAAGAGGAUGAAGAAGACGAGAGUGGCGGCAUUUUUCUGACACAGGCUUUAGUUACUCCAAGGUUGGGUGGUAAGAGCGGGUCGGAUAUAGUUAGUCCUAAGACGAAUCGCGUGAGUUUCAAAUCUGAGAAAAAGGAACCAAAAACCAACAACACCACCGCAGCUGUGUCAAAAUCAAUGGAGAUUGUUCCAGUAAAUAAUGGCCAAGCGCAAGACGAUGUCGACGUCUUUGCGGUCAUGGAUGAUAUCGUAAAGUCUGUGGACUCGACACCGAAGAUAGUCUGCAGUGUUUGUGACAAGACAUUCUCCAGUCCCCGUAUUCUACCUUGUCUACAUUCUCUAUGUUUUCCCUGCCUUGACAAAGUAUUGACUGAAUCGUCCGAGGAACAAACAUUUCCUUGUCCAGAAUGUAAAGAAAAUAUCCCAAGGAUCUCGCCUGAGUUCAUCAACAACGUAUAUCUGGAAGGAAUCUUAGGAGUGGAAAACUCGAAAACGGGGGAAUCUGCAUCUUGCGAGAUUUGUUCUUUACGGAACAUUAAAACACCAGCCAAAUACGAAUGUCUUGACUGUGUCGACCUUUUGUGUGACGAUUGUGGGAGCGCCCACUUAUCGACACGUGCCACAGUAGAUCAUCGCGUGGUGUCGCUCCAGGAGAUCGCCACUGGCAAAUACGACGGAGAGAUUAGGAAGAGAAUCCGUGUUAAGUGUCGCCAUCAUAAGGACGAGCCGUUCGAGAGCUUCUGUAAGAAAUGCAACACGAUGGUAUGUCGCGAGUGUAUGAUCUAUGAUCACCGAGGACAUGAGUGCGUCUCUUUACACGACGCUCACAAAGCAACGGAAACCAAUCUGAUGAGUCAUAUGGGAAGUGUCGCUAGGAAACAACGCGAGAUUUCACUUAAAAGAUCUAGAAUUGACACGGCAAUGUCAGAGAUUAACACGAAGGAGCAGACAUUGAUAGACUACGUGAACGAUCUCACCCAGCAGAUGAUACAGAAGCUAAAUCGGGAACGAGAAGAGGUGAUUGGUAAACUCCAGUUACACAUGAACGUUCAAAGGACAGAGUGUCGUGAUCACAGAAUCAAAAUCGACAAGGAGCUUGUCCGCAUCAACAGUGGACUUUCAUUCUGUCACCAGGUCACGCAUAACGGAAAGCAAGAUGAAGUACUCUUCAUGACACCGGCUCUAUCAAAACGGCUCAAGGAGUUGGCACAGUCCCCUAUAGCGGACCAGCCAGAUGUAGCACUGGAGUUCCCCAACAUCAGUCUGACGGACGAAUACAAGAUCACAGAGGCUGUAGACGUCUUCGAGUUUACACCUGAAAGUGAAGACGUCACGUCUUCUAGAAUAUCCAAAGGAUUCGGCAAAACGAUGAUAGUAUCAUUCCAGUUCAUGGAUAGGAUAAACAUAACAGGGCCCACCGACUACCUACCACCGAAAGUCACGGGCCUGGCUUGUACAGGCAAUGGGAGCCUGGUGAUUGCUGAUGCAAGCAAUUCUAAUGUGAAACUCUUUUCUACAACUGGGGCUUAUAUUGACAACCUGCUCACAUGCAGGCCUGUGGCCGUAGCUGCGUGUAGCAACGUCGUAUGUAUUAGCGAUCGCUUCUCUAUCCAGCUCGUUUCCACGGAUAGAAAAUUCAAACGCAGGAUUCCCCUGGAUGGGUCGGGGUCACUGUUUGCCGUGUCAAAUUUCCAAAUGAGAUAUUUCACAUUCGUCUCUCCUCUUCAACAAAUGUUCAAAGUUUACGACACAAGAGGACAGUUUGUUCAGGAAUUUCCCAUGCCCAAAGCUAGACGAAAGGGAAUGCAUCGCACUGCCAUGCAUAUCACAUCGAACAGUAAGGGCGAGAUGUUGGCCUCCGACUGGGGGUCAUUCUCGAUUGUGCACACGAAUACUGACGCCAGUGUACUGCACGAGUACAAAUGUGGCACCAUCGGGCGCUAUAACAACGGCUGGAUGCCCGGGGCACUCUCUGUCGACGCGUACGACAAUGUUCUCGUGGCCGAUCAGCAGAACGACCAGCUCAUGAUUCUUUCGCCUGACUUCAAGGUCAUUCACAAGCGGAAGGUCAGGCGAGAUAAGCUAGAGCGCCCCGUCACUUUGGCUAGUGACACCCACGGUCACUACUUCGUUGCUGGCAAAGGCAACUUUGUAAACAUUUACAUGUGCAAGUAUGGAUAAACAGGAAGUGACGUAGUGUGUGAUUU